AUGCCGAGGAGUGCUGAGCGCUUGCGCCAGGCCCCAAUACCCAGCCCCACAGCAUCCCGAGUGCCCCAUGGCGACAGCCCCACUGGCCCGACUGGCGGGGCCCAGACUCGCCCCACGGUGCUCACCCACGGAACCAGCGCCCCCUCCAGGAAGCAGCAGGUGCCACCGUACCCCCUGGUGAUGGGGGACCCCCAAACCACCCCCCACCUCCAGGCCCUGCUCCAGGACACCCAGCGCCAGGCACUGCUCAUCCAACAGAUAUCUCCGGAGCCCAGCGCCCGCCCCUCCAUCCUGCACCUCCAGUCCCCCGGCGUACUGGUGCUGAGGUCCCACCACGGCUUGACACACGGGAUUAACAUCAUGGGCAUGGAGUGGAUUCCGAGGGACCCGCCUGCCCCCAGCUCGCCAGACCGGCCCCCCCUCGAGCGCUGCCCCAGCCCCGGGGACUACAGCGGGCAGACUGAGAGGUGA